CGGUUUGCGAAAAAACUGCAGCUCAGGGGGGACCCCGAGGGAGCUGAGCUGGGGGAUUCUCGCUCCAGCAGAGGUUGGGCGCUGCCCUCACCCUUCCCCUGCCCCGUGUCCCGCAGGCGGAGGUGCGGGGAGGCCAUGGAGGCGGCGGAACCGGCGGAGGAGGCGCUGGUGCUGGUGGAGUACGGCUUCGAGUACCGCGCCAAGGACGGCACCUUGGUGUCCAUCAAACCCAACGAGCGCUAUGUCCUGCUCAAACGCACCAACCCGCACUGGUGGCACGUCCGCAGGAGCGGGGACGCGCGGCCCUUCUACAUCCCGGCCCAGUACGUCAAGGAGCUGCCGCCCAUCGCCGCCCCAGCCCCGCUGGACCCCCCACCAUCGGGACAUGCUGCGACAGAACCGGCCGCGCUCGUCCCUCAGCCCCCGCCAGCCUACGAGUAUCGGUUCAUCGGCGCCGUCGAGCCGGGGGAGCCGGCAGGAGGAUGCCCGGUGCCCAGGAGGGACUCGGUGCCCAGGAGGGACUCGCCACCAUCACUCAGCUCUUUUCGGGUCCUCCCGGAGCUGACCCCGCGCCCCGCUGGGCCUGUGAGACCUUCGCACUCCCUGGAUGACCUGGCGCGGGUGACACCAGCACCUCGCAGUGCCACUGCUGCCAUGGGGGCACGGGGGGACUCCCCAGGACACGCUCGGCCGCUCGGGAAGAGCCGCUCCGAGACCCUCUGCGCCUCCGGCAAGGAUAGGGACGUGGCCAGGAGGUGGCCGGGAGCCGGCCCUGCGGCUCAGGCGCGCAAGGAGUCAGAGGAGACACCUGAUCCCAUCUACCUCAACAUCCAGGAGCUGCGGGAAGAGGCCGCCGCCAGCUCGGCCCCAGAGGAACCCGUCGGCUCCGUGUCGGACUGGGAAACCCACACGGACACGGCCAGUGGACAUUUGUUUUAUUAUAACCCGGUGACGGGUGAGACCACGUGGGAUUGUCCCUUGGGGCAGGCGGCCGAUGGAGUGAGUCCCGCCGCCUCUCCCGCCUCCUCGCUCGCACACAGCCCGGAGCUUCCCGAGUGGGAACAGCACGUGGAUCAAGGAAGCGGACAGACUUUUUUCUAUAAUUCGGUGACAGGUGAGACGUCGUGGGACCCCCCCACUGCAGGAGACACAGGCAGCCCCCGGGAGAUGCACCCCGGGGGGACGCGGUACGGGCCCAUGGAGCAGAGGCCACCCACUCCAGAAACUGAUUAUCCUGACCUGUCUCCAGAUGAGCUGGAGUGUUAUCCUGAGGAAGACUAUUCACCCGUGGGCUCCUAUGAUCAGGGGGCCUCUCUCUGCCUGUCCCCGAGGCACCCCGAGGAGCUGGGCUCACCCCCGGGCUGGUAUGGGCAUGGCCACCCCGAGGGAAUCAUGUUCUACCCCGAGCACUUCGCCCCUGACACGGUGCCAUCGGGCGGCCACCACGAGCGGGCCAGCAGCAGCUCCAGCCAGGACAGCGGGCUCUUCCCCUGGCACGGCGCCGCGUCACCGGCGCUGGGCAGCAAGGAGGAGAAGUUUAAAAGCCUUGAAAAAGCCGGGGUGCUCAACAGGACCAAGACAGUGGACAGAGGGAAGCGGCUCCGGAAGAACUGGAGCUCCUCCUGGACAGUGCUGGAAGGGGGAAUCCUCACCUUCUUCAAGGACUCCAAGCACUCAGCUGCCAGUGCCCUGAGGCACCCCAGCACCCUGACCACCCCCGAGCACACGGUGAAGCUGCAUGGGGCCACCCUCACCUGGGCUGGCAGAGACAAAUCCAGCAAGAAGAAUGUCCUGGAGCUGAGGACGCGGGAGGGUUCGGAAUUCCUGAUCCAGCAUGACUCGGAGCAGAUCAUCACCGCCUGGCACAGGGCCAUCGCCGACAGCAUCGGCCGGAGGGGCUCCGACAUCCCCGGAGAGGAGGAGACCGAAAUUCGGGCUGAAUUCGGCUCCCGGGAGAAGCUGGGGGGCGGCGAGGAGCGGAGGGCAGCGGCCGGGCAGGGCACGGGCAGUGGCGAGAGUGACACCAGCCGAGUCCGGAACAAACUCCGCAAGUUCCUGCAGAGGCGACCGACGCUGCAGUCCCUGCGGGAGCGGGGCUACAUCAAGGACCAGGUUUUUGGCUGCUCGCUGCUGGCACUGUGUGAGCGGGAGCGAGGGACGGUGCCACGCUUUGUCCUGCAGUGCAUCUGGACCGUGGAGAGGAGAGGUCUGGACAUUGAUGGGCUGUACCGGGUCAGUGGCAACCUGGCCACCAUCCAGAAACUGCGCUACAAGGUGGAGCACGAUGAGCAGCUGGACCUGGAUGACGGGCGCUGGGAGGACAUCCACGUUGUCACCGGGGCACUGAAACUCUUCCUGCGGGAGCUGCCAGAGCCACUCGUCCCCUUCAGCCACUUUGACAAGUUCAUCGCUGCCAUCAAGAUCCAGGACCUGUCCCUGCGGGGCCACUGCAUCCGGGACCUGGUGCUGUCCCUGCCACCCGCCCACCAUGACACCAUGAAGGUCCUUUUCCGCCACCUCUGCAGGGUGGUGGAGCACAAGGAGGAGAACCGCAUGUCGGUGCAGAGCGUCGCCAUCGUCUUCGGCCCCACGCUGCUGCGGCCGGCCAGCGAGGAGGGCAACAUGGCCAUGCACAUGGUCUUCCAGAACCAGGUGGUGGAGCACAUCCUCAACCACUAUGGAUACAUCUUCCCUGAUGGAUAAACCGUGCGGGGACGAGCCCGGCGGUGGGGACUUGAUGGAGCAGUGUCUCCAAGAAGGACUUGGCCAUGUGUCACCUCGGUGGUGGCUCAAGGGAGGGGCACCCCGGUGGCUCCUCCUUGGCCACCCCAUCCCAGCAGGGCCGGAUCCGGGGGGUUGAGCCCCAGGGGGGUCCCCAUGGUCAGUGGAGCCCUGCAGUGCCUCCCUGGAGCUGGAAUUCCCAGGUGGGAGCAGGGAGGGUCCAGCGGGCAGUGCCCGCUGGGCGGUGGCACCGGCGGGCAGGGAGAGGCCGGGCAGUGCCGUGGCCUCAUCCCAAAUAAAGAGCCCAUGCAGACACAA